UUGCUUGUCUUCUUGAAGUUCAUAUAAAUCACAUUCAUAUGCAUGUUUGCAUGUUGCAUGCAACUAAGGGAUGCAAUUGAAUCCAUUUACAUCAUCUUAAAUUUUUAGUCACAAUAUGCUUUUGGUAAACUUUAAUAUAUCGUUAGACCGAGAUCAGACAGUUUAUGAUUUUAAUUCUAAACCCUAAAUUACAACACAAAAAUCAUAGGUCAUUACGAUCUGAUCUUUAGCUUAAAAAUCUUCAGAAGUAUCCAUGGCUUUACAAGAAAUAGAUCAAGAGGUUUCAAUGCAAGAAGAACAAGUAGAAACUCCAAUUCCUCAACUAAGCAGACAAAGCUCAAUACUCUCACUCACCCUUGAUGAGUUCCAAUGCAAGAGUGGAAAGAGCUUUGGUUCUCUCAACAUGGAAGAAUUCCUAGCCAGCAUUUGCAAUUCCAGUGAUGAAGCUACUCCAUCUCUCAAGAAUACUAAUAGUGUUGCAACAGAAGAAGAACAGCAUGGUAACUCAUUCUCUGUCCCUCCUCCAAUUUGCAAGAAAACUGUGGAUGAAGUUUGGUCUGAGAUUCAUAAAAACCAACCACAAUUCAAAGAAGAAAAUAGCCUUAAGAAAAACGAGUCACGCAAGAAGCAACAAACACUUGGAGAAAUGACUUUGGAGGAUUUCUUUGUGAAAGCUGGUGUAGUACAACAACAAUCAUCAUCAUUGUCGUUUCAGAAUCAUAGUGGCAGUGUUUCAAGUAAUAUGAGGCCAUUGAAUGUUGCAAGUUAUGGUUUGAGGCCUUCAAUUGGAAUGGGAUAUUCUAGCAAUGGUCUUGUACCAUACCAAAUGAUGUCACAGAAUAACAACUCAGGAGUACUGCAGGACCGCGCAAUCGGGAAAAGUCAAAACUUGCCUGAAUCAAGUGGAUGUAGUAAUAAUAGCAAGAUGAUAAUUGACGGUCCUUCCGAAGUUGUCGUGGAGCGAAGGCAACGUAGGAUGUUGAAAAAUCGAGAAUCGGCUGCUCGUUCUCGAGCAAGAAGACAGGCAUACACUGUCGAGCUAGAGGCAGAGCUGAAUCACCUAAAAGAAGAGAAUGAAAAGCUAAAACAAAUUCUGGCUGAAGCAGAGAGCAAGAGGAGACAAGAGCUUUUACAGAGAACGAAUUCACCAAAGAUUCGAAAGGGAACAGAAAAAUUAAGAGGAAUAAGAAGGCCUAUAAGUGCAACCUGGUGAAUAAGCCUCAACAAGAAGAAUUAAAAAAAUUAGUGUAGAUAUGAAGGGAAAAAAAAUAAUGUGUCUGUACUCAUGAGAAAUUCUACUUGUGUUGUACAUUCUAAUAUAUGGACAAUUGAAAAAAGUUCAGACAUAUGAAUGCUGCUAUUAUUCUACUGCAUACAUUGUUCAUAAAUAUGUAUAGAUUUGAUAACAACCUGUGUUUGAUUCACAUCACUUUCAAGUAUGCAGAUAA